AUGCUGGACGCGGCGCCUGGCUCAGCGUCGCCGCUGACGGACAUCCGCUCCCUCCUUCUCCUUGAUCUCGCCAAGAUCCGGCUGUCUAACCGCCGCCCCCGUCGAGCUCUGCAUCUCUCGGUAACAUCCAAUAGUAGCGGCAAGAUCAGGGCAUCACAGCGGCAAGACUACUUCCAGGUACCGCUUCAAUUGCCACUCGACUCAAUUGAGCGGACAGCCCAGCGGUGA